CACACUACCACAAAAUUUACAAUCAAUAGAGAGAUAACGAUUCAGCCGGGUCUUAUUUAUUUAUUUGAACACAUAAAUAUUGGUACAAAAGGGCACCGAAAACAUAUGUGCCACACAAAUCUCAUUUGAUUUGUGUAGGCUGUGAUACUGCCCGGGUGCCUAGACUGAAGCAGGUGGUUUUCUUAGGGGGCCAUACCCCAAGUCUUCGACCUAACGAUGUGAUCCACAAGGCAAUGAAGCAACGUAAGGUGAUCUAGUCCUAUGGUAGCCAGUGUCCAAUAAUUGCUUCAUUCUCCACUUUUUCCCUUAGGAUCCUGGAGCCCAUCUGCACUAUUAGUUUGAUUUCAGGGUUUUUCAACUCCCCUAGGUGAACUCUCCGUGUCCAGUGUCGGACUUUCGCUUUUUGUCCUCUUAAUUUUGUAAAGAACACCACCGCCUGGAGAAGGCAGUGAGUAGGACUUCUAUGGCAGUGGUUGUAUGCACGUGGCCAUGUGAGAGCAUUUCGUGAGAGAGAGCGGACUCUCCCCAUCCUCGGCCGUACCAUGGCAUUUUGGAGGCGGAUAUAGUGCUGAAUACUACUUAUUAUUAAAAAUACAAGUAGCCGAUUAAAUAUUAUUGACAUAAGAAAGUAUGAACUAUUAGAUUUAUGGUGAAUCUAGACCACAGAAUUUGAGCUUAUUAGGUCGGAUCGUGAAAUGAGUUAAAAAUGUGAAGUUCUUAUAAAUUUUUAACUACAGAAAAUAAACAAUUACCUAGUACCAACAGAAUCCUAGUUGUACUUAGGUUAAAUCAUUUUUGAAUGAUGAAUAAGCAAUUGAGUAAGUAAGUACAACAACUACAUUUAUUUAUGUGUAAUAACUUAUUUCCUGAAAAAGUAAAUCAUAAUACUAAAUUUAAAAAGAUUUAGAUAACAUGUAGCAGUAACUUCAUAUUGUUUUGAAAUAAUUCCGUCACAUAAUUUAAGUUUCAAUCCAAUGAUCAGCUAUUAAUAAUUUCAUCUAAUAAACCUUUAGAAUAAUCUUUCACAGAAUAUAGUAAGAUUAAAUGUCUUGAUUCUGAAGUGAAAAUAAUAAAAAAUUAAAAUCUGAAUAGAAAAACACCUUGGAAAUUUGCAAUUUAACUUUUUGUAAGCACGAUAAUCAGUUUAGUAUGUAGUUUAAAAAUCAAGGGAUCAAAUAAUUUUUGGAAUAGUAUGAGUGAUAAAACUUGGGAUGAGUUAAUGUGAAAGUAUCUGGUGAUACUGAUUUUAAGCUUUCCUAUAUAUUGUACUUAUAAGACAAACAAUAAUCCAGUAAAAUACAUUAACUGUCUGGAGGGAAUAAAAUGUUAAGUACAGAAAUGAACAAAUGUUAAACUACUAAACUAUUUAUUCAGUGAGGACUGGAAAUAAAUUCCAUAGAUGACUGACCGUUCAUGUUUAGCUAGUUAAGUAGGUUAAAACUAACGGAGUCAGUAUUAAUUUAUUGAACUAAGUUGGGGAAUUGUUUACCAUUUUAUAAUGUUAAAGCUAUGUCAAUGAAUUAUUUGGACAUGAUUAAUUCGACUCUGAAAUAUAGGUACAUUUAGAUAAAUAACCUGUCAAUUCAGUUGUUGUAUGAUAGAUGCAUUUGCUAAAUAAAAACUUUACUCUUUAACUUAUAAACUACGAGAUUAAGUAUAAAUAUGAUUUGUCAUAAAACUAAUUAUUGUAAGAAGAGAAUGAUGGAAUUAUUGUAGUUAACCCACAAAAAUAUAAUUAAUAAGGGCAAACUGUUUUAAACUAUAUUCUAAUAAUUACCUAAUAAAAGCAUUUCUUUUUUAUUAUUUCCGUACUCAACAAAAAGCAUAGGUCGCCUAAUCUGGCAUGAGGAUGAUUGUUUUUAUAUGGAUGGACAAGAAAUUACAUAUCAUGCAGUUGGAACACGAUGGAUUCCAAGUUUUGAUCAUUGUACUGAAUGUAUAUGUGAAAUAAACCGAACAUAUCGUUGUAAACGACAAUCAUGUCAACAAUUAUUUCUCUGUCCACCUGAACAGAUACCAAUGGCAAGUGAAGAUGAAUGCUGCCCUUCAUACUGCGCUCUACCCUCUCAAAAAAAUAGAGAAAAACCAAACAGUUUCAAGCAGGAUAUUCAAAAGAAUGAUGAGUUGAAUACUGAUUCCGUGAAGCAACAAAAUAAAAUGAUCCAGAUAUUAAUGAAUGAAACUAUUCCACAAAAGCCAUCAUCAUCGUUAACACCACGUAACACUGGAUGCUCAUCACUGAUAGACAAUGAAAAUAUUAUACAAUAUCCAGAUGUCUUUCCUUUUGGAUCUCGUCUUUUAUUAUUUCGUACAUGUCGUAGUUUACUGUGUAUAUGUGCCAAGGACAAUAGAUGGGUCUGCACAGAUCACUGCCCACCAUGUGAACAAUCUGUGGAAUCUAUUGAGAAUUUAAGACAUAUAUUACUCCCGCCAAGAGAUAAAUGCUGUGAACGAUGCAAUGAAAAGACAAAUACCAUACACAUAACUAAGCAACUAAGUCAGAAUGAGUUAAAAAGUCAGGAAAAGAUUUUUAUUCAAGCAAAUAAUCAAACAAAUCCUCACUAUUUAAACAAUGAACAAGCAAAUAUUUCUACAGAAAUGAGACUUAAAUUAACACUGAAAAUGUAUAUUUUAAUAUUUAGCAUAAUAUUAAUUUGUAUAUUUGGAUUACCAAUUUCUAUCUUAAUUGGAUGUUAUUUAAUGAAAAGUCGGUAUGAUCAUCGUCAUCGCCAUCAAUAUAAACGCAAAAGCGAUUACCAUCAGUAUACUACGACUACUACUGCACCGAAAACACGGUCAAGAUAUCGUCGCUAUUACCAACGGUGUUAUUCACGUGUUAAACCUUUUCUAGUAAAAUCACUACAUGAUUAUAACAAGGAUCAAUCGGAAUUAGAAGCAUCAAUAAAAUCACCUAUUUCAGUAUCAACGUCGUCAUCAUCGUCAUCAGUGUCACCAUCCUCUUCACCAGUUUUAAUAUUAAAAGAAUCUUAUAAAACAAAUAAUCGAGCGAAUUAUAACUUGACAUCAAUGCCAUCCACAACAAAAAUAACAAAAGUAUCAGAAAAUGAAUGUAAUUCCAAAUCUAUACAUCAUCGUUAUCGUCAGCAUCAUCACCAAUAUAUUCAACAUUUGAAAGCAAACAAACGAGAGAACACUAUCAUCAACAAUGAUGAUAUAAAGUUAAUUCAACCGUCAUCAACAAUAUCCAACACUAAAUUAAAUGAACUUGUUAAUUCAAAUGAUCAUCAUCAUAAUACUGUUAAUUAUGAAAAUCAAAAUAGUAAAAGUUAUAGUCCUAUUAAAAAAUUUAAUGAUUAUAUACUUCCAACAAUGAAUACAACUGUAGCAAAAAUUACUAAUUCACCUGUAAUUAUUAGAUUGAAAUCAUUGAAUGAAACAAAUUAUACAUUGAAAAAACAACAAAAUCAGUCAACUUUAAUUAAAUCACUUUCUAUAAAUGAUGAUAGUAACAAUUGUAAUAUUAAUAAUGUUGAAGAUCAUCAAAUAAUUGAAAGUAAACAUAUAAAAGAUACAAUUCUACAACAAUAUGACAACAAUAAAAGAAAUAAUAUUAAAACAAUAAAAGAAAUAACAACAUCUAGUUCACAAGAUAAAACAAACUGUAAAUCAAUAAAUCAACAAAAAAGUUCAAAAAAAAUUUUAUUAAAAAAUUUAAUAUUAUCAAUGGAUACUAAUUAUCAUCACCAAAAUAAUAACAAUAACAAUAAACAUAUUACUUAUAACAAUGAUAAUAACAAUAAUAAUAAUAGUCAAUGUAUAUCACAUAUAAAAAGUGAACCAUCUACACCAAAUAUUUUUAUGCAUAAUGUAACAUUUAAUUCGUAUUAUUCUACUACAUGUUCAUCGCCUUGUUGUUCACCUAGUCCAAUAACAGUAAAUGAUUAUAACAGUUCACAAGAUAAGACUACAAUAACAACUGUUUUAACUAUGAAUAAUAAACACAUGAAUUCAAUUGAUAAACAACAAAAUAAAUUAAACCAAUUGGAGAAUGGUGAUAAAAAAGAGGUAAUAAUCAUGCGAGAAAACAUGACAUCAUCACAAAUAAUUGAUAAUCAGUUGAAUAAUCAAUAUGAAUCUGAUACGAUCAAAAUGAAACACGAAUACAAUCAGAAUAAUGCACCGAGAACAAUUGAAAAUAUAAUAAAACAACAAAUAGAGAACUCGAAUCAUCAGCAUCAUCAAAUAAUAUGUGAUGAAAAGAGUUUAAAUAAUGAAAUAUGUUGUACUACUAAUAAUAAUAAUGACAAUAAUAAUAAUAGUGAUAAUAAUAAUGACGAUAUUUUAUUGACACAUUUACUAACUGAAUCGAAUGAAAACAUACCAUUGUACACUUGUUAUUAUCAACAAUGUAAUAACACUAACACUACUGAACAGUUUUACAAUAUUCCUAAAAAGCAGAACACUUGGUCAAAUGGCAAUAGUAACAGUGAUAGUCAUGGACCAGUCACAUGGCCAACUAUACAGCAUUUCACAUCUCAUCCUAUUCUACACAGAUAAAUACACAUACUUAUAUAUUUAAAAUUCAAAAUGUAGGUAACAGUACACUCAUCAUUACUUUCAUCAUCAUUUCUACAUUACACACUUAUUGUUACUAUUAUCAUUAUCAGCAUAUCAUCAUCUCCAGUAAUGAUAUCAAAAUUUAAUUAAUAACCAAGCAGUUAAAACUACUCAUUCACACACAUUACAGCUUUGUCUACACUUCUAUUAACUUUUAUUCUGUUUAGAUUUGUUUUUCUCCGAUGUUGUUUUUUCUUUUACACAUACAGAAAGAAAACGAAAGACAAAGAUUGGACCGUAAAAAAACACAUGUCCUAGUGAAUAAAAGCGUUAAGAUCAUUA